AUGGACAGUGAGGUGCAGAGAAAUGGAAGGAUCUUGGAUUUGAUUGAUGACGCUUGGCGAGAAGACAAGCUGCCCUAUGAGGAUGUUGCAAUACCUCUGAAUAAGCUUCCUGAACUUGAACAAGACAACGGUAGCACCACAGAGUCUAUUAAAGAACAAGAAAUGAAGUGGACGGACUUAGCCUUACAGUACCUGCAUAAGAACGUUCCCCCCAUUGGAAAUUGA